CUUCGUCGAUCUUUCUGUUUAUAAAAUGUCCGAUCAGCAAGAGAGCAACGAAGGCUCCCAGGAAAAUUCAUCCUCAUUUAGUGAAGAAAUUUCAAAUCCGAUUUUUCACUAUGCGAAUACCGAAUUCAUGCAGUUUUCUCCUAUUGACAUCAACAUCAGCGACGCUACACCUAUCAACUUUCCGGAGCUGGAAUGGAUCAAUUAUGAAAAAGUGCCAAGGAAAGUAAAAGUUACCAACACUGGUCAAACGGUGAUACUUAGUGCCAAAUAUGAAGACGAGGAGCAUCCAUUUCUGCGGGGAGCAUUUCUGGAAGAACGAUAUAUCUUUGCCCAGUUGCACUUUCACUGGGGCAAUACUGGAGCGGAAGGAAGUGAACACACGAUUGACGAGUCGCCGCUACCGUUCGAAAUUCAUGUUGUCCAUUUCAAAGGCGAUUACGAAAGCUUUGAUGAAGCUCUGCAAGUCGUCGGAGGCGUACUCUCGUUGGUGUUCUUUUACAAUCUGAAAUCCAACCCGAACCCAUUCAUAAAACCGUUCAUAGACAAUCUUUCGGAAAUCACCUUUCCGGAUACAACCUUCAAGCUGACUCCGUUUCCGCUGCUCAACAUGUUCCAUACCUUCACCAGUGAUUAUCUGGUCUAUUGGGGUUCUACCAGGUCGGGAAACAACCAGAGCUAUCCGAUCCUUUGGUUGAUUUCCAGGACCCAGGAGUGUAUCGAUUUUAACCAAUUAACCAAGUUUAGGCAGCUGCUGGAUCAACGGAUGCGGGUGAUCUAUCGGGAACCGCACGAGGUUUUCAAACUUGGUAAUCGCCAUUUGUGGCACGUCAAUCCCAAGUAUCCGUGUGCCAUUUCUACGCUCUCGGUUCUUCCCCAUUCCAAGUAUCGGACUGAUCGUUGGCUGAUUGAUCGAGUGAAGAUCGAUCUAGGAUCACCCGGUGGCUGCAAACAGUUUAUCGAGGCACUGCGGGAAGAAAUGAAUCGUGGUAGAAAAUCUGCAGAAGAAAAAUCGUCGGAGGUCAUAUCGAAUAGUACGUUAUGACCUUAAGUGUGAAUUAAAAAAACAACAACCAUGUGAUAAAAUAAAUUUUCAAUUUGGAAUGAA